AUGGCAGAUGAAAUGGAUGUCUCACCGCCGUCGCCACGGGGAACAAAACGAAAAGGCGACGAUAGCCUUCCACUUCCAGCGCCACGGAGGAUCAAAGCACUCGCGCAAGAUGUCGUGAACAAGAUUGCAGCCGGAGAAAUCAUCGUCGCGCCAGUGCAUGCGCUGAAAGAGCUGAUCGAGAAUGCUGUAGAUGCGGGCUCGACAGCGCUCGAAAUACUCGUUAAAGAAGGUGGUCUUAAGCUUCUGCAAAUUACGGAUAAUGGACACGGAAUUGACAAAGAAGAUUUACCCAUCUUGUGCGAACGAUUCACUACCUCCAAGCUCAAGGCUUUUGAGGAUCUGACUUCCAUUGGCACCUACGGGUUUCGUGGCGAGGCCUUGGCAAGUAUCAGUCAUAUUGCUCAUCUCAAAGUUACCACGAGAACGAAAGAGUCGAGUUGUGCCUGGGAGGCUCACUUUGCUGAUGGAAAGCUUUCCAGUCCGAAGCCGGGCCAAAGCGCGGAGCCGAAGCCCAAGGCUGGACGACAGGGCACCAUUAUCACAGUUGAAGAUCUCUUCUACAAUGUUCCCUCACGGCGGAGAGCUUUUCGCUCAGCUAGUGAAGAGUAUGCUAAAAUCCUCGAGCUCGUUGGACGCUACGCUGUUCACUGCGAGGGAGUGGCUUUCUCCUGCAAAAAGAUAGGAGAGAACAACAGCAAUAGCGUGACAGUUCCUGCUGCUGCUAGUGUAAAAGAUCGGAUACGACAAAUCCAUGGCAGCAGCGCUGCGAACGAGCUGGUCGAAUUAAGCGUUGAAGACGACCGCUGGGGCUUCAAGUGCAAAGGUUGGGUCAGUAGUGCUAACUACAACGCAAAGAGGACACAAAUGCUUCUCUUCAUCAAUCACCGAUCAGUCGAGUCGCCGGUAAUCAAGAAGAGCGUCGAGCAGACAUAUGCCACAUUCCUGCCCAAAGGAGGACAUCCAUUCUUCUACCUAAGCCUUGAAAUCGAGCCGCAGCGAGUUGAUGUCAACGUACAUCCAACGAAGCGCGAAGUUCAUUUUCUAAAUGAAGACGAAAUCAUUGCCGUUAUCUGCGAUGCAAUCCGCGAAAACUUGAGCAAGGUAGAUACGAGCAGGUCCUUCAUGACGCAGUCGCUACUUCCAAACCCAAAGGCCCCUUUCGCAACACCCAUGAAGUCAAACGUGCCUGUGGCACCAGGAACAGGCCAUGCAUCAGAUCGCAGCGUAUCGCGAGCCCCACAGACAGCUCCCAAGAAGCGCAACGACGGCAACCUUGUUCGCACGGAUGCCUCAGCACGCAAGAUCACAUCAAUGUUGCAACCGCAAAAGUCAGUCGAGGAGAUUGCAAACGACGAAAAAGAAAAGGAAUACGAAAUUACGGGAAAGGAGCCGAUAGCAUGUCGUCUGACUUCUAUCAGUGAUCUCCGCGCCGAAGUUCGAGAUGCCAUGCAUAACGAGCUUACGGAAAUGUUAUCUUCUCAUACCUUUGUCGGCAUCGUCGACGAGCAAAAACGCAUCGCAGCCAUACAAUGCGGCGUGAAGCUCUUCCUAGUUGAUUACGCUAUGAUGUGCAACGAAUACUUCUACCAAGUCGGUCUCACCGACUUUGCAAACUAUGGGUCCAUACGUUUCAGCCCGCCACUGCGACUGCACGACUUACUCAAAAUAUCGGUGGAGCAGGAAAAGAAAAGCGCUGGCGAUGCAGCGGGUGAGGUGGACUGGGAUGAAGUCGUCGACGUUGUCGGGAAACAGCUGAUCGAUAAGGCACCAUUGCUGCGCGAGUACUUCUCGAUGAACAUCACUGCAGAAGGCGAGCUAUGUUCUAUCCCACUCUUGAUGAAGGAUUAUACGCCUUGCAUGGCAAAGCUGCCCCAGUUCCUCCUGCGUCUCGGUCCGCAUGUCAAUUGGAAUGAAGAGAAAGGCUGCUUCCAGACGAUAUUGAGAGAGCUUGCUUCUUUCUAUGUUCCAGAAAGCUUGCCGCUUCCGCCGGACGUACAGGGGACGUACGGCAGGAAGGGCAAGGACAAGGUAGUAGAAGAAGCCACUGAGAUUACUAUGCGGCGUAAGAAGCUAUUCAGAGCGCUUGAGUUCAAUAUCUUCCCAGCGUGUAAAGCGAGAUUGGUAGCCACCAAAGGGCUGCUAGACAGUGGUAUUAUGGAAGUCGCAAACUUGAAGGGUCUGUAUCGGGUUUUCGAGAGAUGCUAAUUCAAGCUACUCAUGAUACUAUACAGGUGGGAUCUGUCAUUUCCUAAUACAUAGCGCAACGUAAUGCAAAAAACCUUGCUACUUAUGCAUCUGCGCAUACGUUUCCAUAACCUUCUCGACAACCUUUUUCACUUCCGCUGCAUCCAGCU